AUGACUUUACGACCACACAAUACACGACUCUUCACAAAAGGUUCGAAUUGUGAUGCACAGCUCGGAUUGAAUGAUGAUGUGAAACGAGUAACUGAAUUUACAGAAGUGACUCAACUCUACGGUAUGAGCGAAGAAGAGAGUCGAAAAACAUUGGCUUUGAUUGACAAGGUUGCAGUUGGACGAUCGAGUUUGGUAUUCUCAACUACCAAUAAUAGAAUUUUCGUCUGUGGUAUGAAUAGUUACAAUCAAAUUGGCUUGGAAAAUGAAACUCCCAAAUAUUUGUUUCGACCCAUUGAGGAUUUGUUUAAAAAAGAAUUGCAAACUGCCAAAAAGAAGGAAUGGAAAUUUGUAGAAGAAAUGCUUGCAAAGGUAGAGGCAAGUGAAAAAACGAGAUCCUUUAUCCUCGACAAGUUCAAUAAGAAAUUCGACAAGAUUCAUUCCAUUGACAAAUUAGGAUGUGGUUGGUUCCAUACCGUCAUUGUCCUUAAUAAUAAUUUGGUGUUUGGAAGUGGUCACUCGUAUUUCAAUCAAUUGUUUGGAAAUGGCUUCUCUACAUCGUUUCAAUACCUGAAUAAUGAAAAAUUCAAUCCUUUGCAAUUAACAGAGUCCAUGUUACAGAAUAUUGAAAAUGGCAACUUCAAUGUGGAUCCCUUUAACAUUAACAAAGUGACUCAUUUAGAUUGUGGUACUUUCUCCACGUCAAUUGUGAUAAAUAAUUGCCAACUCUAUUCUUGUGGUGAAGUGGUUGGACCAACAGUGACGGAGAACACUUAUCUGAUGGAAAUUAGUAAGGAAUUUAACGAAGAGUGCCAAAUUAGGAACGUCUUUCAUACAGAUUCUGGUAUUGCUAUUUACACGAGUGGACAUAUGUGCAGUGAUUUGUACUAUUUUCAAGCUGAAUCUCCACAUAUACUCAAAAAGUGGUCUCAAACAGAUGAAUCACUUAAUUUUAACAUUUCAAAAUGUUCGCAUCCCUUUAAAUUAUAUUCUGCAUAUUACCAUGUGUUCUUGGUUUCUGAGGAUAAAUACAUCUACACAGAUAACAGCUUCUCUAACUCAAUAGAUGAGGAUUAUGAUGAGACAACCGAUUCAAUAACAAUGAGUGGCCUUAUUGUUCCAUCCACAAAAAUUUCUGAUAAGGGAAAUGGGUUACUAGCCAAAUACUUGCUUCACGAGCAAUACAAAGUUGCAGAUAUAGGCUCUGGAAGUGAUGUGUCGUUCGUGUUAAUAAGCUGGAACAGUAGUCGAGAACAGGAGGAAACCAAGUCUCGAAUGCUAAAGCAAACGAAAAAGAGUGGUCAAAGAGCAUUUUCUGACAUUGUGCUGAAAGCUAUCGACCACAUGUAUUAUAAUUGA